AUGCUGGUUACAUCCCAGGAUGCACGAAUAGCGGGCUGGGGGUGCUCGGGCCUGUCAUUGCUCAUCUUGAUUAUUCGGAUCAUUACCUCGAGAGUCCAUCAGGGCUCACUCGACGCCAGCUCUGGCAUAUGCAUCGCUGCCCUGGUGGUUGUCUCGACUCGGAUUGUGGUCAAUCAGUACGUUCUCAGUUAUGGGACGUCAAAUGAUGCAAUCUACGGCAAAUCUCAGUACUUUGACUCUCACGACCUGGAAACCUUGAAAAUAGGCAGCAUUCUCGCGUUGAUUGCGAGGUUGCUUAUCACCACUUUUUACUGGUUGCAGAACUGCCUCCUCCUGCUGUUCUAUUCUCGUAUCUUCGAGAUCAGGGGGCAAUGGACCACUAUACUUAUCCGGCUCUGUUGGAUAUCCAUACCCAUGACAUACAUUGCAGUGGUCAUGGCCACGUUCUUGGAGUGCACCCCUUUCAGACUGUAUUGGCAAAUCAGUCCGAAUCCGGGGACUUGCAUUCGAGCAUAUAAUCAGCUGCUUACCCAGGGCAUCGCAAACAUCCUUCUCGACCUCAUCCUAUUGGCCAUUGCCUGGCCUCUCAUUGUCGUCCGUCAUCGAAGUAUUGGCGAAAAGUUACGGGUCGGCACAUUAUUUUGCUUGGGAUUUUUCUGCAUCAUCACCACUUGUGUCCGUAUUGGAUACAUCUACGCCGAAGAUUCCUAUCAGCCUGUUCGCAGCUUCUGGGCAUCCGUGCAGAUGGUUGUAUCGUGUUUUGUGGCAAAUGCGCCUUCAAUAUAUGGGUGCUGCAAGCUCAUCAAGAGGCGGAAGUCCCAGCAAGCCGCACGGAGGGGUAGUCGACCGGAGGUAUGGCUUCAGCUGCAGGCUGCCAACGAGAGCUUCGCCUCUCCAGACGUCCCUAUUCGUGCCAGGCUUGCCGAUUCGCCCACAUGCUCUGAGAAGGCUUGGUCGCGCUGGGUGCCAUGA